AUGAUCGGUGAGGCUUAUGUAUCCAAUGCAGGUUCGUCGCAGCAUGCUUCAAGUGUUGCUAUUUGUAACCAGGACGAAGUGGAGGCUCAAAUGAUAGAGGAAGGUGAAAAAGACCUAGACAAUAAUGUCACUGAGAAUCAUAAUAGUCCUGCGGAUAUGCCGGACGGUGCAGACGAUCCUCACGACGGCAUUGUCAAUGAAACAAACAUAAAUCCAACCACGCUUGAUAGUAAUCAAUGCGGCAGUGGAUUGGUAACAAGUACUCCUAGACCUCAGCUUGCUGCGUCUACAUCAAUUCUGGACCACCCUUUUGUUGGGGAUGCAUACCAGUUGUAUAAGGGAAAUCAGGCUACAAUGAAAAGGUAUUUAAACAGUAGUGGCUCUGAUGAUAAAACACCAUCAGUGGCUCAAAGUGAACAUGAAUCCAAAAAGCAACACAUGCAUCGAUCAUCAUCCUCGUCCAAUGUGGAGGAUGAUGAACGGUUUUAG